AUGUUCAAUAACCCAUACCCAAACCCCAUGUUUAAUAAUCAGUAUUUUGAAUUGAUUCGAGAUAAUUAGUAAUUUCAACCUUAAAAGGAGUCCACUCAUUCUCUUUAUGUCGAUGGUAAGAUCUUUAAUAUAUACAAUAGGAAUUCCAAAUGAUGCACAAGAACGAGAAGUGGCACGUAUUUAAAACUUCAUAUCCUUUAGAUAUAUUUCGUCCUUAUCCAGGGUUCCAAAGAGUCCGUCUGAUUAAAAAGUAAACUCAAAAAGGAAGAGAAUAUUUGCUUUGCUUUGUAGAUUUCGAUGAUGCCUUUUAAGCUACUAUUGUGAUGCAAACUCUUUAAGUGAACUUAAACCAUUUUACAUUUCAUAGGGAUACCGUUUCGAUAAAAAUGACAAGACAGGCCUCAAGAUUUAUUUUGCAAAUAACCCGAAACAAGAGAAGCAAAACAAAAAAUGAC